AUGGUGGAGACAGCAGACGUCACGCAUUUCGUCCAACCUCGCGUUGCAACCGAGGAGAUUGUGCCGCAGCAGGACGCCUCGUCGACGAUGCCAGGCCUCUCCAUGGAAAGUCGGUCACUGUGCAAGAAUAUCAUGCGCGCAGAGUGGGCCCAGGAAAGCGGGAGGCAGCUGCGUGGCAGGAAGCUGGAGGGCAGGACGACGAAGGGGAAGUACACAUUGUACGACUUCCAGAUAUUGCGCACUCUUGGUACCGGUAGCUUCGGACGCGUGCAUUUGGUCCGAUCCAACCACAACGGGCGCUUCUACGCCAUGAAGGUGCUGAAGAAGCACGUGGUAGUGAAGUUGAAGCAGGUAGAGCACACCAACGACGAGCGGAAGAUGUUGUCGGUGGUUUCGCACCCGUUCAUCAUCCGGAUGUGGGGCACGUUCCAGGACGCCCACCAGGUGUUCAUGAUCAUGGAUUACAUAGAAGGCGGCGAGCUCUUCUCGUUGCUCCGGAAGUCGCAGCGCUUUCCGAACCCGGUCGCCAAGUUCUACGCCGCCGAGGUCUGCCUUGCACUAGAGUAUCUCCACUCGAAGGACAUCAUCUACCGUGACUUAAAACCCGAAAACAUCUUGCUGGAUAAGAAUGGUCACAUCAAACUGACGGAUUUCGGGUUUGCCAAGUACGUGCCGGACGUCACGUACACGCUGUGCGGUACGCCAGACUACAUCGCGCCCGAGGUGGUCAGCACCAAGCCGUACAACAAGUCUGUCGACUGGUGGUCCUUCGGCAUCUUGAUCUACGAGAUGUUGGCCGGCUACACGCCCUUCUACGACCAGAACACAAUGGGGACGUACGAGAACAUCCUCAACGCCGAAGUCAAGUUCCCGCCGUUUUUCAACGCCGAGGUGCGCGACCUUCUCUCCCAGCUCAUCACCCGCGACCUGAGCAAGCGGCUCGGCAACUUACAAAACGGCUCGCAGGACGUGAAGGCACAUCCCUGGUUCUCGGAGGUAAUAUGGGACAAGCUCCUCUGCAGGAACAUAGAAACCCCGUACGAGCCCCCGAUCCACGCUGGCCAGGGCGACACCUCCCAGUACGACCGGUACCCCGAGGAGGACGCAAACUACGGCGCCUUGGGCGAAGACCAGUAUCAGGCGCUAUUUUCCGACUUUUGA